CACAAUGUCACCUCUCUCUCUCCUCCUCGUUCUCUCCCUCAUCUCUCCCACAAUCUCUCUCUCCUUCGAACAACAGCUCGCCGCAACCGAGACCUCUCUCCGCAUCUCCAACUACAAUCUCUUCGGGAACGCCAUCUCCACCUCCGAUCUCCGCUACCGUCUCCUCUCCUCCUCCUCCGCCUCCAACGCCUCCUUCACUCUCUUCGCUCCGCUCGACUCCACUCUCUACUCUCUCGACAUGAUCUCUCCCGCCGCCGCCUACACUCAGACGCUCUACUACCACGUCGUCAACGGCCGCCACACCAUAGAGGAUCUGCAGAGAGUGUGCUAUCUCGAUACGCUCUUGACGCAUUACAGCGUGCUGGUUAAUCAGAAUGCGGUGAACGAUACGGUCGUCGACGGCGUGGCGAUCGCGUUGCCGGAUUUGUUUGUUGGACCGAGGAUCGUUGUUCACGGACUUGACGGAAUUCUUGUUCCCGGCGAGUUAGGUCUUGACGAUCCGGUUCGCGAUCCUGAGUUUCACCGUGAAUUAUCUCCUCAGGCGUCGAUUCGUUCUGAAUUUGUUUCUCCGUCGUUUUCUCCGGUCAGUUUUAAUUCUCCGGCGAUGUCUCCGAUGAGUUUUGAGACGCCGGCUGAUUUUGAUUCUACGGCGACAUCUCCGGCGCCGGAGAUGAUGUCUCCGAGGUCAGAACCUGAAUCAGUUACUCCACCGAUAUCGUCACCGUCCGGAUCAGAGAGUAGGAGUAAGAGCUCGAAAAGGAAGAAUCGCGGUAAAGUCGGGAGAAGCAAAGGCAGGCGUCAUCGUCGUGCACGGAAUGUACAUGAUCGUCAUGAAAGGUUCUCAAAGUUUAUCGAUCGUCACGGUUCUGAUUUUUAG